AUGGAAGAUCAAGAUUUAUUUAAAUUACCAGAUGGUAUCAAAGAUCCUGCGACAGAGUUUGAGCUACUUGAGAGUUUGGGACGUGGAUCGUUUGGUGCCGUCUACAAGGCAAGACACAAAAAGACUGGUCACAUCGUGGCCGUCAAGCAGGUGCCUGUCAAUGAAGACUUUCAAGAGAUUCUCAAGGAGAUCAACAUCAUGAAACAAUGUCGUUCGAAAUACGUUGUACAAUACUAUGGAAAUUAUUUCAAAGGUGAAACUUGUUGGAUUAUUAUGGAAUAUUGUGCAAUGGGAUCAGUUAGCGAUAUGAUGAACAUUACCAGUCAGAUUUUAAAUGAAGAGCAGAUUGCACUUGUUUGUUAUAGUACAUUGAAAGGACUUUAUUAUCUACACAAAAAUAGCAAGAUUCAUCGUGAUAUCAAACCAGGUAAUAUUCUGGUGACUCUAUCUGGAGAAUGUAAAUUAGCAGAUUUUGGAGUUAGUGGACAACUAAGUGAGAGAACUAGAAAGAGAAAUACAGUUAUUGGAACACCAUUCUUUUUGGCACCAGAGGUCAUACAGGAGGUUGGAUACGAUUCAAAAGCCGAUAUAUGGGCACUGGGUAUCAGUGCCAUCGAAAUGGCAGAGUUCCAUCCACCCUACCAUGAUUUACAUCCAAUGAGAGUACUCUUUAUGAUUCCUACUGCUGAAUCACCGAAAUUGAAAGAAGCACACAAGUGGUCACCAGAGUUCUCUGACUUUAUUAGACUCUGUCUUGCCAAAGAACAAUCUCAAAGACCAUCUGCAAAAGAUUUAUUAAAACAUCCAUUUUUCGAAAAGAAAGUAAAGGGUAGCUAUGUAAUGAGAACAUUGACAGACUCUGCACAGGAAAUUAUAGAUGUAGCUGGUGGCAGAGAAAAGGCAAUAAAAGAGGCAGCCGAGAGAAAGGCACGUCUAUCGGGUGAGUCCAGUGACUUUACUCAGUCUGGUUCGGUCGAUGACCCAGAUUCCGACGAAGAAGAGGAAGACUUGCUAGAAAAGAAUAAUAAGAAACACCAACAGGAAGAGGAGGAGAGUGGAUCUUCGUUUUUGAGUAACCAAAACCUGUCGAAACCACCUCUGGCCUCUGUGUAUGUCGGUAGCAACAACAACUCUCAGCAACCGGCACAGCUGCAACCACACUUUACUAGACCCAACUUACCCACCGGCAACAACAAUAGACCCAGCUCGAUGCCACCACAACAACCACCACUCUUCCCACACAUCCAAACCAAUCCACACAACCAUAGAUACUCAAAUCCACAGCCAUCUUCAUCCUCGUCAAACUCCACCUCUCCAGCUUCCAACGAACCUCUCAAUGAAUUGGAUUCAUUGUUGAACGGUAUCAUUUUAAAUAGUGGCAGCAGCAAUAACAACCAACCAAAACGUCCAACUUCAACAGGAAAUUUAUCAAACAGUUUUAUCAAUAAUAGUUUACAACAGCAGCAACAGCAACAGCAACAUCAUCAAAGCAGUAGCAUAGAAUCUUCACCUGCCAAACCAAGUCUCAGUUUUUCACGUCAACUUUCGAAUAACAGCGUUUUACAGCAUUCAAAUUCACCUUCGACAACCACUGCCAAUCCAAAGGCACCGGCCAGUGAGUUGGACGAUCUCCUUGAGCAAAUGUUGAAUCCAUCGUUUGGAACUAAACAGCAUGGUCUCACACCAAAGAGUUCACCGAAACCAUCGCGUGCCAAUGUCUCACCACAGGCAACUACCACUCGUGUCUCUGGUGUGUGGUCCGGUAGAAGUGCUGGUGGCUGUGCCAACUACUACUCAUGGAGAUACAAUCCUCAGUUCCUUUUGCAGUUGGCCGCCCCCACUAACCUCAGAAUUGCAUUACGUCAAACCGGUGACAAGUUGGUACAUAUUGGAUUCUAUUUUGCACGUGCCAAUCCAGAUAUUUCAAAACGUCUUAUUACACUGGCCAGAGAUAGCUUGGUGCCAGGUGUCGACAUUACAUUCCUGAGAAACACCGAGGUUUCCACCAAGGUCAUGGUUGAACCAGGCAACUACAUCAUCAUUCCAGCCACUUUCGACGCAAAACAAGAGGGAACUUUCGAGUUGGAGGUGUCGCCAUCCGAAGUUGGUACCACACUCAAACUCGCUGAAAUAUUGCCGGAUCGCGAUUAUCGUUCCAUCUCUGGUUCAUUUGAAUGGCGCGGACAAAGUGCAGGUGGUAGCUUCAGCGGUAGUUCCGCUACCUGGAAAGACAAUCCCAAGUUUAUGUUUGAGAUCUCAGUUGCUAGCUCAGUAGCUGUCAUUCUUGGAAAAGAACCAGACGUCAGUAAAGAUAUAUAUAUUGGAUUCUACGUGUUCAAGGUCGUCGAUAAAGCUAUGCCCUACGUGAACUUGACCGCUUCCAACUUGGUUGCCAAAACCAAUUUCCUCAAUGGAAACGAGGUGAUUCACAACCAAAGCUUUGCACCCGGUGCCUACAUAGUGGUUCCAUGCACCUACGAUUCCAACCAAGAGGGAUCGUUCACCGUCGCAUGUUUCAGCGAGGCACCACUCAAUAGAAUCGAACUUAAAGAACAAGUGUGUACUAUUGUUGGUGAGUGGAAGGGUAUCACUGCCGGAGGUUGUUUGAAUCACACCUCCUGGAGAAACAAUCCACAGUACAUGGUAACCAAUACCGGUUCGCUACCAACCAAGCUAACUAUCAUAAUGGAUCAGCUGGCAAAGGACAGUGCACUACUUCAAUUCGCUGGUUUCUAUGUAACGAAAUCCAGUGUCACUCAAGUGUCACCGGCGGUCUCACAAUACAAAAAACUCUAUACUUUAACACCCAAAGAUAUCAUUGGUAACACCGAGUUUAUCAAUGACUUCCAGGUCUACUACAACCUGGUAAUCGAACCAAACACCUCUUGUAUUAUCAUUCCUUGUACAUUCACACCGGGAAUCGAAUCUUCCUACGCGCUCCGUGUUGUAUCAUCGCAACCAUCGUGCGUACUCACUCAACUUCCAGACUGGGGUGUAAAGAGAGUCAGUGGCGAGUGGCGUGGUGCAAGCUGCGGUGGUCGUUACAGCAAUACCUCGAGCUCAUGGACACAGAAUCCACGAUUCCAAUUCAAUUUGAUGCGUGGCGGUCGCUACACCAUCAUUCUGAAUCAAUCCGAGAAACAGGUGAACCACGGUAUCGGAUUCUAUUUCUUCAAGACAUUCCCCGAUGGUAAUCUUAAAGAACUAGUGUGCAAGAGUGGUUUUGUAUCUGGCAAGGAAGUUGUCGUCGAAGGUGCCUCUGCCGAGUCCAUCCAAGGUACCAUCUUACCGGCAACUUUUGAAGCCGGUAUUCCAGAUACCUUCUCGGUAACCGUUUACAGUGAAUAUGAAUUUGAAUUUGUUCCACCAACACAAGCAUUUGCUUCGUAA